AUGUCGGAACCUAGAAAAUCACAAGCUGGAUCUUCUAGUUCAAGAAGAGUUUCCAYCUCAAGGAGGASUUCAAGCUUCAGGGAAGACCAAGAGAAGAUUGAAAAAGAUUCAAAUGGCGAAGAUUUAAGCUCAUKUUCGAUGAUAUGGGAGCUGAUAAAGAUGAAUGCUCCAGAAUGGCCUUAUGCAUUACUUGGCUCAAUUGGUGCAGUUCUUGCWGGAGCACAAACUCCAAUGUUCUCUAUGGGYAUUGCUUAUGUGUUAAACGCGUUUUAUUCGCCUUCUCCUAGUCUGAUCAAGCGCGAUGUCAAAAAGGUAGCUAUUGUAUUCGUUGGAGCUGGAGUUUUAACAGCUCCUAUAUAUCUCCUACAACAUUACUUCUAUACACUUAUGGGAGAGCGUCUAACUUCUCGUGUUCGCUUAUCUCUAUUCUCAGCGAUUCUUUCGAAUGAGAUUGGAUGGUUUGAUUUGGAUGAAAACAAUACUGGAUCACUCACUUUAAUCUUGGCUGCUGAUGCAACAUUAGUGAGGAGUGCUCUCGCGGAUCGCCUCUCGACAAUAGUACAAAACCUGUCUCUUACAGUCACAGCAUUAGCACUUGCCUUUUUCUAUAGUUGGCGUGUUGCAGCUGUCYUAACGGCUUGUUUCCCUCUUCUCAUUGCRGCUUCACUUACRGAGCAACUCUUUCUAAAAGGCUUUGGAGGGGAUUACACAAAAGCUUACUCUAAAGCAACUUCAGUGGCGCGUGAAGCGCUUGCYAAUAUAAGAACUGUCGCUGCGUUUGGUGUGGAAAAGCAAAUCACSGAACAGUUUACUCGYGAGCUAAGCAGACCUACCAAGAAUGCAUUUCUUAGAGGCCAUAUCUCUGGAUUUGGAUACGGUUUGUCUCAGUUUCUCGCUUUCUGUUCUUACGCUCUUGGUCUCUGGUACGUCUCUGUUUUGAUUAAGCAAAAGGAGASGAAUUUCGCGGAUAGUAUCAAAUCUUUCAUGGUAUUGAUCGUCACGGCUUUCUCAGUAUCGGAAACGCUUGCUUUGACACCAGAUAUCGUGAAGGGCACGCAAGCACUCGGYUCGGUUUUUAGGGUUUUACAUAGAGAGACUGAGAUACCUCCAGACCAACCAAACUCUAGUUUGGUCACUCAUAUCGAAGGAGAUAUAGAGUUUAGAAACGUGAGCUUUACGUAUCCCGCGAGACCGGAUAUCGCCAUAUUCCAAAACCUAAAUCUCCGAGUUUCAGCUGGGAAAAGUCUUGCGGUGGUAGGACCUAGUGGUUCGGGAAAGAGCACGGUGAUCGGACUGAUUAUGAGGUUCUACGAUCCGGAUAGCGGAAAGCUCUGCAUCGAUGGGCAAGACAUCAUAACCCUAAACCUACGUAGCUUGCGCAAGAAGCUAGCAUUAGUUCAGCAAGAACCAGCUCUGUUUUCAACCACCAUACACGAGAACAUCAAGUACGGGAACGAAAACGCGUCGGAGGCAGAGAUCAUCGAAGCCGCGAAAUCCGCGAACGCACACYAGUUCAUAAGUAGGAUGGAAGAAGGGUACAAGACACACGUGGGUGAUAAGGGAGUGCAGUUAUCAYGUGGUCAGAAACAGAGAGUGGCUAUCGCGAGAGCGGUUCUUAAGGAUCCUUCCGUGCUUCUCCUUGAUGAGGCAACAAGUGCUUUGGACACGACUUCAGAGAAACUGGUCCAAGAGGCGCUAGACAAGCUGAUGACAGGACGGACCACAGUGUUGGUGGCUCAUAGGCUCUCGACCAUAAGAAAAGCAMACACGAUCGCUGUUUUACACAAAGGAAGAGUUYUUGAAAAGGGAAGUCACAGAGAGCUUGUUUCUAAGCCUGAUGGGUUUUAUAAGCAAUUGACAAGUCUUCAAGAAGAMGUAUGA